AGUGGAUUUUACCACAUCUUUUCCCCCCUCUCCUCUUUUAGAACCAGACACUUCAAAGAAAGUAUUCAGUUUAUCCACGAGUGCCGGCUUAGAGGUGAAAGCUGUCUUGUUCACUGCCUCGCCGGUGUUUCCAGAAGUGCCACUUUGGUUGUGGCCUACAUCAUGACAAUCACAGAUUUUGGCUGGGAGGACGCACUGUCGGUUGUGCGCGCAUCGAGGUCAUGCGCCAAUCCUAACUCUGGAUUCCAGCGGCAGCUAGAGGAGUUCGAGAAAAACGAAGUUGCUCAUUUUAGAGAGUGGCUCAAAGCAGAGUACGGCGCCGGCGAGAGCUCUUUGCGAGAUGAACAAGAGGCCACGGAGCUGCUGCAGAAGUACAAAGCGCAUGCAGCCGCACAGCUGAAUCCCCCAGGGAGGCAGUGGAAUGAUAACUUCCCAUCAGUGGCCUCCUUGUCAAUGACAUCUCCUGAAUAGAGAUGACUGAGUUGUCCCAUCUAUGGAAACACAGAUCUAUACACUAGCAUUCACUACGCAGGGCAAAUUGCUCUCACUUUCUAUGGCAACUACACAAAAAAGGACAUGUCGGUGGUAUGUAAUCAGUCCUCAGUGGGACGCUUCAGUUCUCGGAGGAGCAGGUCUCCAGGAUUCUUCCUUUGGUAGCAUGUCAAUGUCACAAACAUCAUUGACUAUGUUGUGCAGGUAUUGGGCCAUGCUUCCUUUUCCUUGCCAGCGUGCCCUUUUACUUCCUUCCAGUUGGAUGGGUGAAGAGCAGGCCUGUUUCUGCCUGUCGAGAUGCCAAAUCAUUUUCUAAGUCUCCUGUUCUUCAGGUUGUCCGUUUGUCCAAGAUUUUGCACAGCUGCACUUUUUUUGUCAAAGCUUCUGACUCCUCAUUUGAAGUCCACUGGCCUAAAGAUGGGAAAUGGGCAGGCCAAGAAAACUUUGUGCUCAGUUGGCAUUCUGUGUUCCCGUUCACCGCAGCAGCUCCGAGUGCCCGAAACAGUGACGCGGCUGUGCAGUAUAUAAGUCAGCCGGUCUCUUCAGCAGGGAAUAAUUUCUGCAGCCCAGACCAAGAGCAAAGCUGCAUCUAUGCAUAUUCAUAUCUCCUCGAGUAUCCCUCCUUUGGAUCCCAGUUGAAGUGAACAUAUGGCUCAUACAUCUGUAUGGUUUAACUGUGUUUGAAUAUAAAGCGCAAGUAUUAACGGGUAAUUCUCCUGGCUUUAGCCUCCAAAGUAGUUCAUGCGACUGAUUUUUUUUACAGGAGGGGUCUGAAAGAACAUAGCAAAUGUAAAUAUUUAAAGAUCAAAGUGGAGUUAUAAUGGAUAUUGUACUAUAAUAAAAGUUACUUGUCCUCAUGUCUGCCAGUACUACUGAACAAAGUUUCUGUGUAUCUUGUCUUGAGGAAGAUUCACUUUUGCUUGCCUUUUCCAAUAGAGUAUAUUCAAUAAAAUCUGUAUAUCUUUUGAUAAAUUAAAAAAAAA